AUGAAUAAAAGUGAAGAGAAAUCUGCUGAUGUUGUCUCGGGAAAUAAUUUAAUACACGAAGGUCGCCAUUAUACAUGCGAUAAGUGCGAGAAACGAUUCGGACAAAAAUCACAUUUGCUCGACCACCAAAAAAAAUUACACGAAGGCAGCAAAGAUUACGCAUGCAAUAGGUGCAAGGAGAAAUUUAGAAUAAAGUCGUAUUUGCUAUUCCACCAAAAAACAGUACAUGAGGGUCACCAAUAUUUCGCAUGUAAUGAAUGUCAGAAAAAAUUUACAGUAAAAUCGAAUUUGUUUACCCAUCACAGGACGAUCCAUGAAGGUCGCAAAGAUUUCGCAUGUAAUAAAUGUCAGAAAAAAUUUAAACUCAAAGCGAAUUUGCUUGUCCAUCUAAGGACAGUCCAUGAAGGUCGCAAAGAUUUUGCGUGCAACAAGUGCGAGAAAACAUUCGGACAGGUAUCGAAUUUGCUCAACCACCAAAAAACAAUACACGAUGGACGUUAAGAUUAUGCAUGCGCCAAGUGCUACAAAAAGUAUGAGCAAAAAUCAAAUUUGUUCAUGCACAUAAAAAUAGUCUAUGAAAAUCACAAAGACUAUAGACGUGACAAAUUCGAUUCUUUUGAAUGGUGAAUAUGAGAAGUAUAUUCUAGAAUAAAUUGACUCUUGAAAUAUUUUGGAUUAAGUUCAAAAAAUUUUCAUUUGAGCAAAUUCACGAAAUCUUAAAAAAUUAUUCAAGCGCUUUUUCUCAUACAAUGCGCAAUUGCAUUCAAUUUCAUAUCAGAUCAUUUGAAAGAACAAUUGAUGGCUUAUACGAAUGUCACGAAGUCAUUGGAGUCAUACGCUUCGAAAUAUAUCGUUCGUAAGAAGAUAGAAGUACAUAUCUCAUCAGUGAAAUAAUGAAAAGUGCUGCCUUUUUCUUGACAAUUGUAAUUUACAUUUUUUUUAAAUGUAAUAUAUUUUUCGACUCUUUGAACAAUUCUAAACAAAAAGUUUCUCUCGUCAUUUUUUCGUCCGAUGCAUAUGUAACGAAUUAAAAAUCGUUGAAAACUCGAAAGUAGCAGAUUUGGAUCGACUUGGCAAAAUAACACAAAAUUGUCCAUAACUUUUUUUCUAAUGAACCUAUUUUAACUUUUGAAAAUUCAAUCUUUUUGUUUUUUCAUGUAGAAUAGAAUGACAGAAAAUUGUUGUAAUUUAUGUUGAAUCGUUUUUGAGCUAUGGCCGGUUCAACAAUUAAAUUAUUAAUAACAAAAAAACAACCACUCGGAUCGAUGUCCACCUCCGAAAUUCGUGUUCAGCGGGAAAAAAUACGAGGAAAACAACUUGGUUCAGCUUUCGGGAUUCAUUUUGAAGCGGGCACCUGUGUG